AUGCAUUCAGGGGUCAAGAGGGAGCGGCUCAGUGUUCUUUUCGAUGUGCAACUUGAGAUGCACAUUUUGUCAAAACCACGGCAGGUCCACAACAUCAACUUUGUCACCCCGGAACAUGUAGUUCCACAGGUGGCCCUGGCAAUCCUCACCGCUGCGGACAUGGGUCUCAAAAUACCCAUCAUAUACAAUACGUCUGCAUUUGACUCUUUAGAAUCCAUAGCUCUACUAGACGGUCUCAUCGAUAUAUACCUUCCAGAUUUCAAAGUCUGGAAGACCAGUUCUUCCAAGCGGCUCUUGAAAGCAGAUAACUAUACUGAAACGGCGAUGGAGAGCAUCAAAGCGAUGCAUGCACAAGUUGGGGAUUUGAGUUUUACCUCUGACGGUAUUGCGAAACGUGGCGUGCUCCUUCGACAUUUAGUAAUGCUAGGGAUGGAAGACGAAGGGCGGGAAAUCGUGCGUUGGCUGGCUGAGAAUGUAUCGAAGGAUUUAUAUAUUCAUAUUAUGGAGCAGUAUCAUCCCGAUGCUCACGUUGGCAAGAGGCGACGAGGAAAAACUGGUGGCCAAGAGAUUCGGUAUGCGGAAAUCAAUCGUGCGAUCAAUGAUAAUGAACUAGACGCUGUCAAGAACGCGGCUAGGGAUGCGGGCCUAUGGAGACUGUGUGAACCAGCGGAGCAUGCAAGUUUUUACGUAUGA